GCUCAUGAGCGUGACAGCCUUGAAGCGUUCCCGGUUCCACUAAUGCCUGGCAGAGCUCUGGCCCCCAGUCCCCUAUGAGUUCAUCACUGCUGCGUUCUGCUUCGCCCCAGGCAUUUAGCCCCGAUCGCAAGAACAGCAUCAUUAGGAGGCAGAGACAGGAACUCAAGCUUUUAAUUUCAGAGCUCAAAGAUCGUGACAGGGAGCUCAAUGACAUGGUGGCAGUGCAUGAGAGACAUAUUCAGGCCUGGGAAGAUGAUCGCCAAAAAAUACUGAGUUUAGCAGAACGAUGCAGCUUAUUAACUAGUGAGCUGAACGAGAGAAAUGCAGUUAUAAAAUCAUUGACCAAAAAGUUGAAGUUACUAGAAUCCCAGCAUAAUGAUAGUAAGAUAACACUUGAAAACACACAAGAGAAGUUUAAAGAGCUCACUCAAAAAAUAACAGAUUCAUCUGUUCACUGCCAGGCUCUGGAGGAGAAAAAUCAGAGUCUCCACUGCUCAGUUUUGGAACUGUCUGCUAAAACAGGCCAGCUGCAAGCGAGGGAACAGGAGCUUCUCAGGAUGCUUCAGCUGAAGGACAAAGCCUUAAUUGAAACAACUGAUCAGAUUACUGAGGUUACAUCUAAAUUUAAAACACUGGAGAAUGCAUUGCGUGCUGCAAAGCUUGAGGAAUUCAGUCGCAACAGAGAGCAGCAAGACCUCAAGCUGACACUGAAUGAUGUCGUGUUUCAAGUAAAUAAGAUGAAAGAUGUCCUCUCUGAAAAGAUGAAAGAAAGCAGCAAGCACCAGGAAGAAAUCAGUCACCUGAAACAUGAAAAUGGCUGCUUGAGGAGUGAGCUGAUACUGGCAGUGGAGGAAGCACAGAGAAAGGAUCAACUUUAUCAGUUUACCAAGUCUAAGCAAAUGCGGAUUGAAAAGGAAUUGUCCAGUUUGCGACAGGUCUGUGUAAAACAGCAGCGAGACUUACACUUCCUUCAUGUCAACUUGGAAAGCUCUCAGGACUCCAUGCAGAAGCAUGAAAAGGCACCAAGUGAAAGGAGCACAGGGGCCACAUUCUCUGCCUCUGAAAUCCCCAGCAAGACACACAAGGGUAGGACUGAGGGCAGCCACAGGAUGUGCGAGGAGUGUGGAACUGCACCAGUUCCAGCAAGUAGGGUAAAACCCACCCCUGAGAUGUGUGAAGUAGAUAAUAGACAAUUACUGAAUGCUUCAGACUUGGAGGAAACUACCUCAGCGUUCUUAAACCAGUGUCAAAAAGCUGAGAAAGGCUUGGCCGUCCCUGCGGAAGAAGGAGAAAAGCAGGAUGUUGCAUCAAGCUUUGAUGAGCUAGACAGUGAAAAAUGUCGUGAGGCAAACAACACAAGGCCAUUGAGAAACAGGGAAAUUGGAGAGAAUGGAGUGAAAAGCAAAGACCAAAAAUCCUUUGACGUGUCUUUGCCUUCAUAUGAUCAUUGGCUAAACAUCAAAUCUCGUGUAGAUUUGCAAAGCACUUUGAUCCAGAACAAUAUCACAUCUGACAAAACUGAUAAUGAAGAGAGAUCUGACAUUGAGUCUGCCCAAAAAAGCAGAGAGUCUCCUGUGUCGUGCAAGUCUGAAUCUGAUGCUGGUAUUAAUAAUUUCAUCACAAAUAAAGAACGGUGGAAGCCGCUUUCAGAUCUGGAAUGGCUGGAGAUUUUCAAACCCAAGAAGAGAGAUGGAAGUACCUGCCAUGGAAAAGAUCACAACUGCUUCCAGACUGCACAAGAGAUGAAAUGUACCUGCUCAAAAAGUGAAGGAAACAUGGAUAUGAAUUCCCUCCACUUGGCUUCUCUCUCAGCAUCCACUCAGAAGAACGACAUGACUCAAAGUUCUGGGAAAUUGUCUGGUGAAGAUUCCCCUCUGGACAUCAGUGACCUAGCAGUGACUAAACCAACAAAGAGAUACUUCAUCAACACAGACACCAGUUCGCUGUUCUGGAAGCUGGAGCGCUCGUUGGCCCAGUCCCGACAGAUGCUGGCUGAUCUGGAGCUCAGCCUCCUCCACACAAGCCCUCCCUCCAUUCCCAACACCAACAACAUGAAUAAGAGGAAGAAAUUGUUUCCAUCAGAGAGGUAAUUCUGAGGACCAGAGAUCAUUGACCCGGCAGCUAUGAUGGAAAGUUACCUCAUUUUUUUCUGUGGUCCUCUUGAAUGUUUGAAAGACUCACAAGUGGCAAGAAGAUGUGACUCUGCAGGAAUGUAUUUUAUCUUGAAAUAAAACACAGAAUUACGCCAAGA